CUCUGUUCUAAAUGGCUUACCCCUCAGUCUUAAACUGUGUGGCACCCGGUUCUGGACUAACCCAACAUCGGGAACAUGUUUCCUGCCUCUAGCGUGUCCAAACCCUUAACAAUCCUAUAUGGUUCAAUAAGAUCCCAUCUCAUCCUUCUAAACUCCAGAGUGUACAAGCCCAGCCGCUCCAUUCUCUCAGCAUAUGACAGUCCCCCACAUCCCGGGAAUUAACCUGGUGAACCUACGCUGCUCUCCCUCGAUAGCAAUAAUGUCCUUCCUCAAAUUAGGGGACCAAAACUGCACACAAUACUCCAGAUGUGGUCUCAUUAGGACUCUGAACUCUGAGCCUUGCGGAAUGUGUAGAGCCGAGGGAUCUAGGAGUGCGGGUACGAGUUGGGCCGAAGGGCCUCUUUCCAACACUGUAUCACUCCAUGACUAUGACAAAGUGCUUGAGUAACUCAGCGGGUCAGGCAGCAUCUGUGGAGAAGAUAGACACAAAGUGCUGGAGUAACUCAGCAGGUCAGGCAGCAUGUGUGGAGAGAGGAAUGGGUGAAAUUUCGGGUCGACACCCUUCUUUGGUUUAGUUCAGUUUAGAGAUGCAGCGCGGAAACAACAAGCCGUUCGGCCCAUGGGGUCUGCGCCGACCAGCGAUCACCCCGUACACUAGCACUAUCCCACGCACAUUGGGGACAAUUUAGCUAUUUUGUGGAGGCCGAUUAAUUUACAACUGUACCGCUGCGCCAGUGUGCAGCGCAGAAUUAUAUAACGGUUUCCUCCGCCAUAAACGCACCCAAUAUGUGCUAGGAAUGUCCUGUUUGCCAGCUUGUUGAUCCUCUGUGUUCCCCUCCUGCAGGGUUUAGGAGCCGUUGCUGUGGACGGAGAGACGGGAACGUGAGCGGCCAUUGAGGGCGGCCAGGGUGAGCCCCCCAUCUGCUCGGUGUGCGGGCCGGGCUUCAAGGGCUGAUCUUCGAUGGAGGACCACAUGACGGGGCACAACAAGGAGAAGCGUUAUGAGUGCGACGUAUGUGGCAAGGCCUGGCAGAGCCCGAGCAAGCUGGAGACCCACCGUCGGGUGCACACGAUAGAACGCCCCUUCAACUGCAUAGAGUGCGGCAAGAGCUUCAAGAGGGCGGAUGUGCUGAAGGCCCACCGGCGGGUGCACACGGGCGAGAAGCCCUAUGGCUGCUCCACAUGUGGCGAGAGCUUUACCCAGUUGUCGGGGCUGCGGGAGCACCAGCGGGUGCACAGCAGUGAGCGGCCCUUCACCUGCUCCGACUGCGGCAAAGGCUUCAAGUCGUCCAAGGAACUGAAGGUGCACAGGCGCGUGCACACCGGGGAACGUCCCUACACAUGCAGCGACUGCGGCAAGGGCUUCACCCAGUCCAGCGGCCUGCUGGUGCACCAGCGCACCCACACUGGCGAGCGCCCCUACACCUGCGCCCAGUGCGGCAAGGGCUUCACCCACUCCAGCAACUUGCUGAGGCACCAGCGCACCCACACCGGCGAGCGCCCCUACACCUGCGCCCAGUGCGGCAAGGGCUUCACCCACUCCAGCAACCUGCUGGUGCACCAGCGCACCCACACCGGCGAGCGCCCCUACACCUGCGCCCAGUGCGGCAAGGGCUUCACCCAGUCCAGCAACCUGCUGGUGCACCAGCGCACCCACACCGGCGAGCGCCCCUUCACCUGCGCCCAGUGCGGCAAGGGCUUCACCCGCUCUGACCGCCUGCUGGAGCACCAGCGCACCCACACCGGCGAGCGUCCUUACACCUGCGCCCAGUGCGGCAAGAGCUUCACCCAGUCCAGCAGCCUGCAGCAGCACCAGCGCACCCACACCGGCGAGCGCCCCUACACCUGCGCCCAGUGCGGCAAGGGCUUCACCCACUCCAGCAGCCUGCAGCAGCACCAGCGCACCCACACCGGCGAGCGCCCCUACACCUGCACCCAGUGCGGCAAGGGCUUCACCAACUCCACCAGGCUGCUAUCCCACCAGCGGGUGCACGCCGGCGACCGUCCCGUCCACAGCCCGGUGUGUGGAGAACACUUUGGCAUGGCUUCGCCAGACCUGUCUCACCAGAACGUGCACACCGGUGGCCCGCCCUACGACUGCCCGUACUGUGGUGAGUCGUUUGACAGCUCGCGGGGGUUGCGGCAGCACCGGCGGACCCACGUCGGCGAGCAGCUGCUCCCACUGUGACAAGAGAGGAUGGGGGCUGCGGGAGCAGCAGCGGAUACACAUCGGUGGAGAGAGCCUUUGUGUGCGCUGAUUGUGGCUGUGCCUAUGGCAGCACCGGCGUACCCACAGCGGUGAGCGUCCCUUCCCCUGCCCGUCCUGUGGUAAGGGCUUCACCCGCCUUGACUACCUGCUGGAGCACCGGCGAGUCCACACCGGCCAGGGCACCUUCACCUGUCCGCUGUGUGGCAAGACCUUUGCCCGCUCCUCCAGUCUGCUGGCACACCGCCAAGUGGAUAGAUAGGCGCUGUUUAUGUAGACACAAAAUGCUGUAAGGAAUGGGUAACAUUUUGGGUCGUUUCAGCAGUCACACAUACCUUAUAU